ACCGAUGCCACAGAAAUGCUAGGACCUAUACUUCACUUUGUCACUUGAUGGUUAUUAAAGUUGAAGACGGACAGCAGCAGUUUUGUUCAGCAGCAUGGCGGCGCCUUUAACUGACCUGGAGAAGCGUAAACAGAUCAGUAUCAGAGGAAUAGUCGGUGUCGAGAACGUCGCCGAGUUGAAGAAAGGUUUUAACCGACACCUCCACUUCACUUUGGUCAAAGACAGGAACGUAGCGACGCCGCGGGAUUAUUACUUCGCCCUCGCGCACACGGUUCGAGAUCACCUGGUGGGAAGAUGGAUCAGAACGCAACAGUUUUACUAUGAGACCGACCCCAAGCGGGUGUACUACCUCUCCCUGGAGUUCUACAUGGGCAGAACCCUCCAGAACACCAUGAUUAACCUGGGGCUGCAGAACGCCUGUGACGAGGCCAUCUACCAGCUGGGUUUGGACAUGGAGGAUCUGGAGGAGAUGGAGGAGGAUGCAGGGCUGGGGAACGGAGGCCUGGGCAGGCUGGCAGCUUGUUUCCUGGACUCGAUGGCCACCCUGGGUCUGGCAGCGUACGGUUACGGCAUCCGUUAUGAAUAUGGAAUCUUCAACCAGAAGAUCAAGGAAGGUUGGCAGGUGGAAGAGGCAGAUGAUUGGUUGCGUCAUGGUAACCCCUGGGAGAAGGCCCGCCCUGAGUACAUGCUACCUGUGCACUUCUACGGCAGAGUAGAGGAGUCUAAGGAAGGGGCCAGAUGGGUGGAUACACAGGUGGUCCUGGCCAUGCCUUAUGACACGCCCAUCCCUGGGUAUAUGAACAACACAGUCAACACCAUGAGGCUGUGGUCAGCCAGAGCUCCCAACGAUUUCAACCUGAAGGACUUCAAUGUUGGAGAUUACAUCCAAGCUGUUCUGGACAGGAAUCUGGCGGAGAAUAUUUCUCGUGUCCUCUACCCCAACGAUAACUUCUUUGAGGGGAAGGCGCUACGCCUGAAGCAGGAGUACUUUGUGGUGGCGGCCACACUUCAGGACAUCAUCCGACGCUUCAAGAUAUCCAAGAAGGGCUCAACCGGUCCAGUGUCUUUCGACAGCUUCCCAGAGAAGGUGGCCAUCCAGCUGAAUGACACUCAUCCUGCGAUGGCCAUCCCAGAGCUCAUGAGGGUCUUUGUGGACGUUGAGAAACUAGACUGGGACACGGCGUGGGCCAUCACCAAGCGGACCUUUGCGUACACCAAUCACACGGUGCUUCCCGAGGCUCUGGAGCGCUGGCCCGUUGGCCUGCUGGAGACCCUGCUACCCAGACACCUUCAGAUCAUCUACAGGAUCAAUCAGGGACAUCUGGACGGGAUUAGAGCUCUCUUUCCAGGAGACCUGGAAAGGAUACGCAGGAUGUCUCUGAUCGAGGAAGACGGGGGCAAGAGGGUCAACAUGGCCCAUCUGUGCAUCGUGGGAUCUCACGCUGUCAACGGAGUCGCAGAGAUACACUCCAACAUCAUCAAGAAUGAUGUGUUCCGAGAAUUCAGCGAAUUAGAACCGGAUAAAUUCCAGAACAAGACCAAUGGCAUCACUCCUAGGCGCUGGCUCCUCCUCUGUAACCCGGGAUUGGCUGAGCUAAUCGCUGAGGCCAUUGGGGAGGAAUAUGUGAAAGACCUCAGUCAGUUACAGAAGCUCAAUGAGCUGGUCAAUGAUGAUGCCUUCAUUAGAGAUGUCUCUAAUGUCAAGCAGGACAACAAGGUGAAGUUUUCCCAGUACCUGGAGAAAGAGUACAAGGUGAACAUCAACCUGUCCUCCAUGUUCGACGUCCACGUGAAGAGGAUUCACGAGUACAAGCGCCAGCUCCUCAACUGCCUUCACAUUAUCACCAUGUACAACCGCAUCAAGAAGAACCCAAAAGCACCUUUUGUUCCCCGGACUGUGAUCAUUGGUGGCAAGGCUGCCCCAGGGUAUCACAUGGCCAAGAAGAUCAUCAAGCUGAUCACGGCCGUCGGACAUGUGGUCAACAAAGACCCAGUGGUGGGAAGCAAACUGAAGGUCAUCUACCUGGAGAACUACAGAGUCUCCCUGGCUGAGAAAGUAAUCCCAGCCACGGACCUGUCUGAGCAGAUCUCCACAGCUGGCACGGAGGCGUCCGGCACUGGCAACAUGAAGUUCAUGCUGAACGGAGCGCUCACCAUCGGCACCAUGGACGGAGCCAACGUAGAGAUGGCCGAGGAGGUUGGAGAGGAGAACAUGUUCAUCUUCGGCAUGAGGGUGGAGGACGUGGCAGAGAUGGACGUACAGGGCUACGAUGCCGUGCCGUAUUACAACAGCAUCCCAGAACUGAAGCAGGCCGUUGACCAGAUUCAGGGAGGAUUCUUCAGCCCCAAACAACCAGAGCUCUUCAAGGACGUCACCAACAUGCUCUUCAACCACGACCGCUUCAAGGUGUUUGCAGACUAUGAGGGUUACAUAAAGUGCCAGGAGAAAGUCAGCCAACUAUAUCAGAAUCCUAAGGAGUGGACGCAGAUGGCGAUCAAGAAUAUCGCUGCUUCCGGAAAGUUCUCUAGCGACCGCACCAUCACCGACUACGCCACGGAGGUGUGGGGGGUGGAGCCUACUGAUCUGAAGAUCCCACCCCCCAACGAGCCCCGCAAGGCCUUGGAGGAGACCGCCAGGGUGCUGACGGAGAAGUGAGGCUGCCUGGUGUGGUGUAGGGUGACAUUGCCCCUAGACGCUGAUCUUGGGUCAGUUUUUUCUAAUGGUUGAGGGGAAGUGGAUUCUAGAUUUGUAUCUAGGGAAACAUCACCCAGAAGCGCCUCGUGUUCUUUUUAAAGGGACAAUCUGGGAUUCAGACAACAACAAAGCAGUCACCACGCUACUUUUGGUAAACAGCUGAGGGAUAGCCACUCCCAAAUGUAUCAACGGAGCUAUGGAGGCAAGUCCAUCUGUGAGAUUGAAAUGUUUCAACCAUGUAUUGAAACGAGUCAAAUCCCAGAUUGCCCCUUUAGCUCAAUAAACUGAGUUUUGUUUGUAAAACACCUUAACUGAUGCAAAAUAACAGUCUGCUACAUACCUUCAGAAUAAACAAACAGUCUGCUACACCUUCAGAAUAAACAAACAGUCUGCUACAUACCUUCAGAAUAAACAAACAGUCUGCUACACCUUCAGAAUAAACAAACAGUCUGCUACAUACCUUCAGAAUAAACAAACAGUCUGCUACACCUUCAGAAUAAACAAACAGUCUGCUACAUACCUUCAGAAUCCGCAAACAAACAGUCUGCUACAUACCUUCAGAAUAAACAACAGUCUGCUACAUACCUUCAGAAUAAACAAACAACAUUCUGCUACAUACCUUCAGAAUAAACAAACAGUCUGCUACAUACCUUCAGAAUCCACAAACAACAGUCUGCUAAAUACCCUCAGAAUCCACAAACAACAGUCUGCUACAUACCUUCAGAAUAAACAAACAACAGUCUGCUACAUACCUUCAGAAUAAACAAGCAACAGUCUGCUACAUACCUUCAGAAUAAACAAACAUUCUGCUACAUACCUUCAGAAUAAACAACAGUCUGCUACAUACCUUCAGAAUAAACAAGCAACAGUAUGCUACAUACCUUCAGAAUCCACAAACAGUCUGCUACAUACCUUCAGAAUAAACAAGCAACAGUCUGCUACAUACCUUCAGAAUAAACAAGCAACAGUCUGCUACAUACCUUCAGAAUAAACAAACAACAUUCUGCUACAUACCUUCAGAAUAAACAAACAUUCUGCUACAUACCUUCAGAAUAAACAAACAGUCUGCUACAUACCUUCAGAAUAAACAACAGUCUGCUACAUACCUUCAGAAUAAACAACAGUCUGCUACAUACCUUCAGAAUAAACAAACAGUCUGCUACAUACCUUCAGAAUAAACAACAGUCUGCUACAUACCUUCAGAAUAAACAACAGUCUGCUACAUACCUUCAGAAUAAACAAACAGUCUGCUACAUACCUUCAGAAUAAACAAACAGUCUGCUACAUACCUUCAGAAUAAACAAACCGAAUUAUCAAAUUUUCCCCAGCAUUUCUGAAUCCACCUUCUAAAUACAAGGUCAAAUGGCAGCCUGUCCACUAUAUAGUGCACUACUGUUGACCGGACUGCUAUUGGCCUUGGUCGAAAGUAGUGCACUGUAAAGUGAACAGGGGUGCCAUUUGGGGAAACUACCCAUUAGCCAGUCCAUUCUUAGCAAAACUGUCCCAUACUAUAGCGAGGGUUGAAUAUUUUCCAUUAUUAAUGACCCUUGUUUUUUUCCCAAUGUUCUGUGUUGCAUCAAAAUAAAUAUAUUUGUGUCUGA